GGAUCCUAUUAUAUCGCCCACAGCUAUCAGAUAACUGCCCCACACAAGGACCCGAGUUCGUCAUUGAGGGCUGACUCAGUCGAUACCAACUUUCGAAGUACAACGAAAGUGUACAGAACUCGCAAUCUCGCCAUAGUGUGCUGACUGAGCGAGCUUGUAUCUUCAUAAGCAGAGCUCGUCGAAGGAAGAUAGUCGACCCGGUUGUCUGUAUAUAUACCAUGAGAAGAACUAUGGAGUCUCAUAUCCAAAUCUCCUAUUUACCAGACUAUCUCCUAUCUCUUCAAUCCCCUACUUCAAUAUGUCUACUUCAGAAUCAACCUACAAAACGUUUGCCAUCGUAGGAGCAGGGCCCAGCGUGGGUCUCCCCAUCGUCCGCGCCCUUCUCGCUCGCAACGUUCAAGUUGUCGUGCUCACUCGCUCUGCUUCUACGCGAGAAUUCCCCGCCGGAGCCCGAGUGGCAGCAGCUGACUAUUCAGACGUGGCGGCUGUCAGCUCGGUCCUGCGAGAGCAUAACGUGGAUGUUGUGGUCUCUGCACUUUCUGCUGAUGGCUUCUCCUCUCAGAAGCCUUUGGCGGAUGCCUCGAAGAUUGCAGGGGUAAAGCUCUUCGUCCCCUCUGAAUAUGGCAUGCCGACCGAAGGAGGUACCGAUGGUAUCGCAAUUUUGAAGUCCCAAUUCGCUGAAUACUUGAAAUCCAUUGAAUUACCGUCUGCCAGAAUAUACAACGGCCUUUUCCAUGAAUAUGUCCCAUGGUUGGCGGCCGUCCCUGAGACUGGCAAGUUCCUGAUCGUUGGCAGUGGAAAGACGCCUGCGUCGUACACAGCAAUAGAGGACGUCGCAGGUUUCCUCGCACACGUCCUGACUACUCUCUCACCAUCCAAGCUCCACAACGCUUCUUUCCGAAUUGAAGGAGAGCGAGGCAGCUUAUCCGAUGUCGCCAAGCUCUACGAGGGCAAGGCAGCCGUCGAGUACACAGAUGCAAUCCCCGCUGAGGUUCCCGAUGCACCAGUGAGGAACUAUCUCCAGCACAAGUUUGAAGAGGGCGCUGCUAGCACGGGCUUUGAGUUCGCGUUAGGUCGGGACGGCAAGGAGCCUGCAGGAAGUUCGAAUGCCCUCUGGGAGGGUCAUCACUGGAAGACUUUGAAGGAAGUGCUGAAACUUUAGAUAUAUAAGCUGUUAGUCUCCCUUAGCCAGGCCAAAUACUGAUAUCAAAGUCGAUAUCAAAGAAUAAGACAAACUGGUAGUUUUUCAUCAGU